AUGCGACCAGAAAUACCACCUAUCAAGCGUGCUCCAUGGCGGGAGGCCUCAGUCUAUCAGAUAUACCCUGCUUCCUUCAAAGACAGCAAUGGCGACGGACUUGGUGACAUCCAGGGAAUAAUAUCAGAAUUGGACUAUAUCAAAUCGUUAGGUGUCGACAUGGUCUGGCUAUCCCCCGUACUACGAUCUCCGCAAGUUGAUAUGGGCUACGAUAUCUCCGACUACAAGGACAUUGACCCGCCCUAUGGAACGAUGGCUGACCACGAUGCCUUGAUUGAAGGCCUCCAUCACCGUGGUAUGAAGUAUGUGAUGGACUUGGUCGUGAACCAUACCUCUGAUCAACAUCCCUGGUUCAAGGAAUCUCGGUCUUCGGUGACAAACAAGUAUCGAGACUGGUACAUCUGGCGACCAAGCCGCCAUGAUCCGCAGACAGGCGAACGUAUUCCACCUAAUAACUGGGAAUGCUUCUUCAGCGGCAGCGCGUGGGCCUGGGACGAAAUGACGCAAGAAUAUUAUCUUCACCUCUGGGCGACCGGGCAGCCCGACUUGAACUGGGAGAAUCCACAGGUCGUUGAUGCAGUACAUGAUGUGAUAAGAUUUUGGCUAAAUCGCGGCGUUGACGGGUUUCGAAUGGACGUCAUCAACUACAUCUCAAAAGAGCCUGGUCUACCGGAUGCUAAGCCCAAGAAGCCAGGCUUUUUGCAGAACGGCGCUGAGCAUUUUUCUUGCGGUCCGCGAUUGCACGAAUAUUUGCAGGGUAUCGGAAAGAUCCUCAGUGAAUAUAAUGCGUUCAGUGUCGGCGAGAUGCCAGAUGCUGGGCCUGAGGAUAUUCUGAAAGCUGUUGGCCAAGAUCGCGGAGAAUUGGCCAUGGCAUUUCACUUCGAGAUAGACUCCAUGGACUUCGGGCCCACAGGGAGAUUUGAACCCGGCACCUUCCGGCCCACAGCGCUCAAAAGGAUCGUCAACAAAUGGCAAACGUUUAUGCUCUCCAAUUCAGGCUGGAAUGCGUUGUUCAUGGAGAACCAUGACACAAGCCGCGUUGUCAGUCGUUACGCUUCCGAUUCUCCAGCACUGCGGACAAUCUCGGCGAAGAUGCUAGCCAACCAUCUCGCUCUCCAAUCUGGGACGGUUUUCCUGUAUCAGGGCCAAGAGCUAGCGAUGGCCAAUGUUCCCCGCGAAUGGGGGAUGGACAAGUACAGAGACAUCGAGUGCGUGAAUCAUUGGGAGAUGGUGCUGCGUAACUAUCCGGAUGAUCCUGAGAGGCAGAUGAAGUAUCGCGAGCGAUACUGGUCAGUCGGACGCGACAACGCCCGGACGCCGAUGCAGUGGAAUGCCCGAGGCCCAAGUGCGGGCUUCAUGCCUGAGGGUGCUCACAGCACUGCACCGUGGAUGUCUAUCCACACAGACUAUCCCACCUGGAACGUGGUCAACGCAGUGGCGGACCAAAACUCUAGUUUUCACCACUGGCGAAGGGUGCUGAAAAUUCGGAAGCAGUACCUAGACAUCUUCAUCUAUGGCAGCUUCGAAAUGCUGAACUUGGACAUGGACGAGGACGUCAUCGCGUACAUCCGUGCCGUCGAUCCUGCUACUGGCUCGGACAACGGUCAAGUGACCGUGCCGAGUCAGGCCCUGGUCGUGGCUAGCUUUAGCGUUGAUGAGAUCUGGUGGACCGUCCCUCAGAAAGCGCUAGCUUUCUUGCUUGAUUUGUCAAAGGAUAUGAAAACGACAGUGUUGAAUAUUCAUGCCAUCGUAAGUAAGCUAGGCAACUACGAGGGCCGGAAUGAGCUGAGACUCGAGGAAGGGGACUGUGUGGCAAUCAGAUUGAGGCCGUAUGAGACUUUGGUCGCGAUGAUAUAG